GAAGAAGGAACAGCCAUCAUCUAGAAUUCCUGUUCAAUUAUUAUCUAAACAUGCUUUCUAAACAUCUCAGUGAAGUCAAACUAUCAAAAAGUAUGGGACUCUAUCUAAACAUGCCCUUCUAUUUUCAUAGUGUAUUAGAUCAAUCUCAUAGUUAUUGACUCAUGUUCUUGAUCUUUCUGUUUAAAAAUCUAGGAAAUCAUCAGUCAUUAAUUGGCUCUUCACAUUAACGUUUGAGAUGAGUAGAGGUGGCUCUCAGCAUAGAAUACGCAGAUUUUUUGAGAGGGUAUUAACAAAUGAGAAACUAUGCAACUCAGUGAUAAUUUGGCGCAGCUACAUUGCAUAUGAACUCGAUAUAACUUGUGACACAUCAGCUACAAAAAGAGUUUUUUUUCGAGCAGUCCACGCUUGCCCCUGGUCAAAAAGGUUAUGGCUUGAUGGUUUCCUCAAGCUGAACACCUUUUUAAGUGCAAAGGAGCUUUCAGAUCUCCAAGAAGUAAUGCGGGAUAAAGAGCUCAAUUUAAGGACAGACAUCUAUGAAAUUCUCCUGCAAGAUGAGGUGGAGUGCUGAUAGUGUAUACUUCUGUUUGUACCUCUUCUCUGUCACUCUUACACUCUGUCACUCUUACAUCAAACUGUUGGAUCGCUUUUGUUAUAUUUUCAAUGUUUUACCUGUCUUUUUCCCUUUAGAUUUUUUAAAUGUGUAUUUUUUUUUUCAAAAUAAAAUUGAAUUAAUUAUUAAAAAUAAAGGAUCAAUGAGAAAAAGUAGAAUAAAGGAAAAAAAGAUAAAGGAAAAGAAAAGGGGGAGUCGGUU